AUGCCCCCCAAAACUCCCAGACAGAGCGGCGCCUCGCUUCCCGGAGUGGCCACGCCCAACUUGCCUACAUAUGCGUUCGGGGAUAUCGUCUUGGCCAAAGUCAAAGGACACCCCGCAUGGCCCGCUCGCAUCGUCGACCCUUAUGUCUCACCUUUGAACUUGAGAGAUGAGCGCAAGAUUGCUCAGAAAAACUCGUACCUCGUCAAAUUCUUCAAAACUGCUGAUUAUGCCUGGAUGAACGCCAAAGAAAUGAGUAUUUUGGAACCCACCGAGAUUCAGGCCUUCAUCAACAACCCCAACAAAAAAGGUGCCGACCUCAAGGCAGCCUACCAGAUUGCACUGGCACCCCAAGCUUGGGAAGCCGAGCUCGAAGCCCGUCUCGCGGCUGAUGUCGAGGAUUACAACGCCCUAGAAAUCGACGAACUAGAGACUGUUGAUGCUGAGGGUGCCGAGAAAGCUACCUCAGCACAAUCAAAACAAAAACGGAAGCGACCUUCCGAAACUAAAUCGCCAGCUGUGUCUACCAAGAAGCGGAAAUCUGUCGACGCUCGUGCCACCAACGUCCCUGCCCAAGCUAGUGCCACUCCAGAGCCUCCUGCAGCUGCUCCAGCAGCUAAGAAGCGAGGCAAGAAGAAAGAGGAACCGGUAGUACCUGUUGAUGGAGAGUCCGUCGUCAGAGAAUGGCGUCAUCGACUGCAACGGUUGUUCUUAAGUAAAACUGUGCUCACCGAAAAGAUGAUGCCCGAGAUUGACGGUGUCUUCACUGACAUUGAACAGUUCGAGAUGAAAACUGAGUGGCUCACUUCGAGCAAGUUGGGCAAGGUCCUGAAACGAGUUGGGAUCCUCGAAGAACGGCAAAUUCCAUUGGAGGCUCAAUACAGCAUCAGAGCAAGAGCGCGCGCUCUCCAGGAGAAAUGGAGAAGUCAACUCGGAUUAGGGGAGGAGCCGACUCAUCGAUCGAAGACUGUCGAUGGAAACGAUGCGGCCAAGGCGAAUGCUUCAGUCGACAAUGGCAAUGGCAAAGAGAACACAGAUCCAACUGGCACGAAGAAGGUUGAGGAAGCGAUGGUCAACGGCAAGGAAGCGACGAAGCCGUCCGAUCCGGAGGACAUGAAGAUGGAUGAGGACGAUCCUACGCCCGUCAAGGUUGCCGAAGUUGAUGAGGAGACGAACACAGCUGUCGAGCCUGCUCCAGUCGAAGAAGCCAAAAUCUCCGAGCCUGAAUCCGAGGCCCCUGAAGCAUCUCCCCCUCAAGCUAAUGGCAAUCACACCGCUGUCAACGGUCACUCCGAGCCAGUCGAGGCUGGGCCCGAAGCCGUCGACACCCAACCCGAAGCUGUCAACGGCGAAGCCGAACCCGCCAAAGAUGAAGCUCCCGCUGACGAAGAUGAAGCUUCAGCUGUCCAAGACGAAGCUCCCGCUGUCCCAGAUGAAGCUCCCGCUGUCCAAGAUGAGGCUCCCGCUGCCCAAGAUGAAGCUUCAGCUGUCCAAGAUGAAGCUUCAGCUGUCCAAGAUGAAGCUUCAGCUGUCCAAGAUGAAGCUUCAGCUGUCCAAGACGAAGCUCCCGCUGUCCCAGAUGAAGCUCCCGUUGUCCAAGAUGAAGAAGCUCCCGCGGUGCAAGAUGAAGCUCCCGCUGCCGAAGACGAAGCUGCCCAAGACGAAGGUUCAGCGGUUAACGGUGAAGCCGAAGCUGUCAAAGAUGAAGCACCAGUUGUCAACGGUGAACCCGAAGCGGCAAACGAGAAAACCGAAGAAACCGACGAUAAACCCGAAGCCGUCGCCAGCGCCGAACCCGAAGCAGUCAGCGAAGAGCCCAAACCAGUCAGCGAAGAGCCCAAACCAGUCAACGGCGACCACGCUUCACCGAUGGAGGAGGACGAGGCUAGCAAGCCGACCGAACAAGCCGAGCAGGAUGUCGAGAUGGCCUCGACAACCGUUGAGCCCCAACCGGCUGCCAAAGCCGCCGCUUCCGAGCUCAAUGAUGAGGAUGAACAGAUGGAUUGCACCGAUACUCCUGAGCCACCGGCUGUUGAAAAUUCUGCCACCGACAAAGAGAUCGCCGCGUGA